CAAUAAAGUUGCCCUCCGGAAAUAAAUAUUACUGUUCAGUCUUAUCCCCUGUUAAAAUUCUUAAUCUUUAUCAAGAGUUUUCAACUUUUUGGACAUGUUAGCACCGGUUGCAGUUGCAGCGGCAGUAACAACAGCGCUAGCCACGCCUAGUUCGCUAACCUGCGCACUGGGUCCGUCAUGGCAAGGGCUCCAUGGAAGUCUGGGACCAGCUCGAAGAUUGCAAUGGCCAAAGAAACAGCAGAGACAAUGCAGAAGGAAAGUCUACGCCAUUGAUAUUAGGGCACAAUUUGAGCUGAAGCCUCCUCCGUAUCCACUGGAUGCAUUGGAGCCACAUAUGAGCAAGGAGACGUUAGAAUACCACUGGGGGAAGCACCAUAGAGGUUAUGUGGAUAACCUAAACAAGAUGAUAGCGGGAACUGAACUAGAUGAAUUGUCGUUGGAGGAUAUCAUACUUGCUACAUACAACAGGGGGGAUCUGCUCCCCCCUUUCAACCAGGCAGCGCAGACCUGGAACCAUGACUUCUUCUGGGAAUCCAUGAAACCAGGUGGCGGGGGAAAACCUUCCGGGGAACUUCUAGAACUAAUUAAUAGAGACUUUGGUUCUUUUGAGAGAUUGAUUGACGACUUAAGGUCAGCGGCAAGUACACAGUUUGGCUCUGGCUGGGCUUGGCUUGCAUAUAAAGCGAAUAGACUUGAUGUUGGAAACGCAGUAAAUCCUAAGCCAUCUGAUGAAGACAAGAAGCUUGUAGUGGUGAAGAGUCCUAAUGCCGUUAACCCCCUUAUUUGGGAUUAUUCCCCGCUCCUUACUAUCGAUGUUUGGGAGCAUGCUUACUACCUCGAUUUUCAGAACCGGCGAGCAGAUUACAUAUCAGUCUUCCUGGAGAAACUCGUAUCAUGGGAAGCAGUCAGUUCUAGGCUUGAAAUAGCAAAGGCUCGAGCUACUGAAAGAGAGGAAGAAGAAGAGAGGAAGAAAAGAGAGGAGGAGGAGAAGACAUCAGACGGCGAAGUUCCAGAGAUUUAUGUGGACAACAAGAGCGAUGACUCAGAGACCGAAUGAGUUCAGUUUAUUUGCAGUUAAGACAAUCCGGAAGCAAUUUUGGCUCGUUGCCUUCUAUGUUGCACCGAAUGUGAUAGAGGUCAUUUGAGUUUAGGCGGUGCCAUGUACUAAAUUUUGCGGUAUCCAUAAGUAAUGAGCAGAUAGAACUUAGGCAUAUGACAUGUAUAUUUCUCUGUGGUUUCCAACAAUAUAUAGAGCUGUUCAUGUA